AUCAGAUGGUGAUUGCACUAGUUCUAGCAUUUUCCAUUCCCAGGCCAUAUACAUACACUCGACCAAAAAGCCCUCGUACUGCCAUUUCCGAGUCUCAGCUGCUACGUUCUUUUGCGGCGACAUUGAACUUGGAAAGCUAAGCGCGUGUAGGACAUCAAAAAAUGGCGGACGAAAUCGCGCGGGACUUAGAGGAGCUUCAUCACCUCCAAACCAUUGCCAAGAGGCCUCGUAUUGUAUCUCUCAUUUCCUCCGAGAUUCGCAACCUCCAGAAGCUGUCAAAAGAGGCUGUCUCAGCACCUCCCUUGCAAAUUCCAACUCCUAUUUCAAGUGCACCUAAGGUGUCAACAGAUCCAGCAUUGAAGUAUCUUACGCUUGGAUCAUUCAGCUGGGAUCAGGACAAUGACAAAGUCAAGAUAUAUAUAUCACUAGAGGGAGUUGAGCAGGAAAAAAUUGAAACUGAGUUUAAGCCAAUGUCUGUUGACGCCAAAUUCCAUGAUGUCCAAGGGAAGAACUACCGAUGUGCCAUUGCUAAAUUAAACAAGGAGAUUGUUCCAGAUAAGUGUAAGGUGGUAGUUAAGCCUACAAGGGUCAUUAUCACAUUAUUCAAAGCUUCAAAGGGGAACUGGUCAGAUUUGCAGUUUAAAGAGGACAAGCUGAAACCGAAUGUGGACAAAGAACGGGAUCCCAUGGCUGGAAUCAUGGAUUUAAUGAAGAAUAUGUAUGAGGAAGGGGAUGACGAAAUGAAGCGAACAAUUGCAAAAGCAUGGACUGAUGCGAGGUCUGGCAAAACAGCAGAUCCAUUGAAGGGGUAUCCUUGAGCCUGUGAAGAGAUGUUUUGAUUUUGUGUUAUUGAAUGGUGUUUUGACUGGAUGCUGGCGUUUAUAUGAUGGGUUCGCAAUGGUUUGCUGGCCCGUUAAUUAUUUAUUAUGUCUAGUAUUUGGUGGUUAUCAUCUUGUGUUCAAAUUUUAGUUACAUUGUGCUUUGGAUAGUUUUCUGUCAUUUGGUAUUAAGUUCUAUUGCAUAUAGCUUUCUUCAA